GAAACUCACUAGUGUAAAGUAUAAAAGCAGUAACAAGGUCUGCGUAGAUUCAGAUGCUACUUACUGCCUUGUGCUGCAAAGACCACCACACGUUUGAGAUAGAAGAAUCAUCCACUGGAUUUUACACACAGCAAAAUGAUGAACACCGGAUCAGUUCAAACUUCUUCAGGCAGGAUCAGUUUGUUCUGCCUUUACUCAGCAAUGUUGUUUUGGACAAGCAUCAACUGCUGGUCUUACCACUAUUCAGAAACAACAAUGAACUGGCAAGAUGCAAGAGCCUGGUGCCAGAAGCAUUACACAGACAUGGUUGCCAUCCAGAACCAAGAUGAGAUAACAUACCUCAACAACCGGCUGCCCAGAAAACCCACUUACUACUGGAUUGGCAUUCGCAAAAUCAACGGUGUGUGGACCUGGGUAGGAACCAACAAGCCUUUGACAGAAGAAGCAAAAAACUGGGCAUCAAGGGAACCCAAUAACGGCAACAAAAAUUCACAGAGUGAGGACUGUGUGGAGAUGUACAUCAAGAGAGAGCGUGAGGAGGGCAAGUGGAAUGAUGAAAGAUGUGGGAAAUUCAAGACUGCCCUGUGCUACUCAGCUGCCUGCAAAAAUGAUUCCUGCUUAUAUGGGGAAUGUGUGGAAACCAUAAACAGCCACAAGUGUGAAUGCAAUGAGGGUUUUUAUGGAGAAAAGUGUCAGCAUGUGUAUUAUUGUAACAAAGAUGAGGUGACAGUGCCGGACAAUGGCAGAGUUAACUGCACUCACAAGUAUGGGGACUUUGCUUAUGAUUCUGAGUGCCAGUAUUCCUGUAAGGAAGGAUAUCAGCUGAGUAUGCAAAGACCUCUUCAAUGCACUGCUAAAGAAACAUGGUCGGAUCAACCACCAACUUGUGAAUUGAUACAGUGUCCAGAGCUGUCCAAUCCACAGUGGGGCUUGGUGACAUGCUUACAUCCUGUGGGACCCUUCAGUUACCAGUCCACGUGUAUGUUUACCUGUGAAGAAGGCUAUGAACUCACUGGGUCUCCAACACACACUUUGUUAUGUGAGCCAACAGGACAGUGGAAUGCAUCAGGGCCAUCUUGCGCUGCUGUUCAGUGCCCAACUCUAACGGAGCAAAGUAAUCUCAUCAUCACCUGUGACAACAUCACCUUUGGAAGUUCAUGCAGCUUCAGUUGUGCGACAGGCUUCUCUCUGGUGGGACCUAAAACUAUAACAUGUACUUCAUCUGCAGAGUGGAGUAGCAGCAUGCCAUUCUGUGAAGCUGUGCAAUGUCCUGCAAUCUCAGUAAUGGAAAAUGCUGUUGUGAACUGUGAAGGAGAUGCCAAAACAAAGUAUGCAUAUGGAAACUCCUGUAGCUUCAGUUGUCUGCCAGGAUAUAAUCUGGUGGGGACAGAAGCUCUAACAUGCACUGCAUCAGCAGAGUGGAGUGGAAAUGUCCCGUACUGCCAAGUGAUACAGUGUCCACAACUGUCCAAACCACAGUGGGGCUCAGUUACAUGCUCUGAUCCUGUGGGACCCUUCAGUUACAAGUCCAGGUGUAUGUUUACCUGUGAAGAAGGCUAUGAACUCACUGGGUCUCCAACACACACUUUGUUAUGUGAGCCAACAGGACAGUGGAAUGCAUCAGGGCCAUCUUGCGCUGCUGUUCAGUGCUCAACUCUAACGGAGCAAAGUAAUCUCAUCAUCACCUGUGACAACAUCACCUUUGGAAGUUCAUGCAGCUUCAGUUGUGCGACAGGCUUCUCUCUGGUGGGACCUAAAACUAUAACAUGUACUUCAUCUGCAGAGUGGAGUAGCAGCAUGCCAUUCUGUGAAGCUGUGCAAUGUCCUGCAAUCUCAGUAAUGGAAAAUGCUGUUGUGAACUGUGAAGGAGAUGCCAAAACAAAGUAUGCAUAUGGAAACUCCUGUAGCUUCAGUUGUCUGCCAGGAUAUAAUCUGGUGGGGACAGAAGCUGUAACAUGCACUGCAUCAGCAGAGUGGAGUGGAAAUGUCCCAUACUGCCAAGCACUGUACUGUCCAGUGCUUGAGGAGAAGCCAAACCUUACAAAGACUUGCAGUAGCAAAAAUUCAGAGCUGGCACCUGGGGCUACUUGCAGCUUUAGCUGUGAACCUGGCUUUCAGCUUCAUGGAGAAGAAAACCUCCAGUGCACAGAAGAUGUACAAUGGGAUGUAACCAUGCCAUCGUGUGAAGCCACACCAUCUCAGGAGACUCUCAUUGCCUCAGGAGUGGCAGCAGGGGGCGCUGUUUCACUGACCGGUCUGUCCCUGGCUAUGUGGAUCCUCAAGAAACUCAGGAAAAGGGCAUCUAAGUUUGACUUGAGCAGCUCUGACAUUGACGUCCCUCCACAGCACUACAAAAACAGCAUUGACAGCCUCAUAUAGAAAGUUCACUGUGAAAUAUUCCCAAAGCACAACAUUUUGAGUACUUUGAGACAAACUUUGGUGUUUGUCUAUAUAUAUAUAUAUGUGUGUGUGUGUGUGUGUGUGUGUGUGUGUGUGUGUGUGUGUGUGUGUGUGUGUGUGUGUGUGUGUGUGUGUGUGUGUGUGUGUGUGUAUAUUGUAUGUAUUACUCCUAAGGGGCUUUCUACACAAAAUAUUGGAGCAUAUUGUUCUACAUUACAUUACUAUGUGCAUAUAUGUGAAACUGUACUGUAUGGUAAUUGUGCAUAACAUUUAUUUAACAGCAAAAAAUUAUAUUUGUUAACUGUGAAUUUAUUUAUGUAAAAAAGUAUAUAUUUAUAAUAAAAUAUAUUAAUA